AGAGAGGUUAUGUGGCAGCCUGAAAAUGAUCAAUCCCUGAACGAGGCGGGAGGGUCACUUGAUACCGGCUCCCUCUCAGCGGCUGACGGAGAGAUUCUCACUGCUGUCCUGAUGACUUUACAGGUUGUGCGUCUCGGCAGCGCGUAGAAUAAAUUAACCGGCAGUUUAUCUCGCUGUAUUUGGCGUCCGAACACAUUCACUGACUGACUGAGUCGCGGGACGUUCCCCCAAAAUCCCUGCGAAAUAACCGGAUCUGCACUAUUCAUGAAUGAGUCUCCUCUUAUUUCAAGAAAUAUGUGAAUAUCACAAGACUGCACUUCAGCUCAUCUUUUUCAGUGCAAUCCUGCUCCUUGCUGACACACGAUCCCAGGUGUUUUGUCUGAGCUUGGUAAUUUUCGGAGCCCAGUGGGGAUGGGAACGUGCUUGGAUAAAGGAUGGACUUACUGCGGCCUCACUAAAGGUCACGGUCCUCUUAAGGUCAUGUCAUGGCCCCUGGCACUGUGGCUAUUGACUCUAAUCUCUGUGAAUCAAAAGACGACUGUUGGACAGACUCUGAACACCUUCCAAUCAGAGAGGAGGGAGUGGUCGCUGAACCACCUGACUGUGCAUCAGUCUACUGGGGCUCUGUACGUCGGGGCUGUCAACCGAAUCUACAAGUUGUCAGCUAAUCUCACCCUCCUGGUGUCCCAUGAUACAGGGCCAGAGUAUGACAACAAAGCAUGUUAUCCUCCACUGAUUGUCCAGCCCUGUUCUGAGCCUCUUGCCUCUACUGACAAUGUUAACAAACUGUUGCUCAUCGACUACUCUCACAACCGACUGCUGGCCUGCGGCAGUCUCUACCAGGGCGUCUGCAAGCUGAUGAGGCUGGAUGAUUUGUUUAUCCUCGUGGAGCCCACACACAAGAAAGAACACUACCUGUCCAGUGACAACCAGACAGGGACAAUGUACGGGGUUGUUGUGCCCUCGCAGGGUCAGGAUGCGACUCUGUACAUCGGCAUGGCCGUUGGUGGCAAACAGGACUACUUCCCAACUAUCUCCAGCCGCAAGCUGCCUCGUGACCCAGAAUCCUCUGCCAUGCUUGACUAUGAGCUUCACACUGACUUUGUUUCCUCUCUCAUUAAAAUCCCUUCAGAUACGCUGGCUCUUGUCCCACACUUUGACAUCUAUUACAUUUACGGCUUUGCUAGCGGCAGCUUCGUCUACUUCAUGACCGUCCAGCCGGAGACGCCUGAGAAUGGGAUGCCCGCUGGUGGCUCCCCUGGCGACCUGUUUUACACCUCUCGCAUCAUCCGCCUCUGCAAAGGUGACAAGAAGUUCCACUCAUAUGUGUCACUUCCUGUGGGGUGCAUACACAGAGGCGAGGAGUACCGUCUGCUGCAGGCGGCUUACCUGUCCAAGGCCGGCAGGGUUCUGGCAAAGUCGCUCAACAUCAGCGCCCAGGAGGACGUGCUCUUUGCCGUGUUCUCCAAGGGACAGAAGCAGUGCCACGACCCUCCAGAUCACUCUGCUCUCUGUGUCUUCACCAUCCAAGACAUCAACACACGCAUCAAGGAGCGACUGCAGUCCUGCUACCAGGGAGAGGGAAACCUGGAGCUGCACUGGCUUCUGGGAAAGGAUGUGCAGUGCACUAAGGCGCCUGUUCCCAUUGAUGAUCACUUCUGCGGCCUGGAUAUAAACCAGCCCCUGGGGGGUUCCCAGCUGGUGUUGGGUCAGACGGUGUACACUGAGAGCAGGGACAGGCUGACCUCUGUCACCUCCUACGUCUACAAUGGACACAGUGUGGUCUUCCUGGGGACCAGGAGUGGACGGCUGAAGAAGAUCAGGGUGGACGGUCCUCUGGAGGGAGGAGUACUGUACGAGACAGUGACCGUGAUGAAGGAUAGCAGCCCCAUCCUCCGGGACAUGGCCUUCUCCCUGGACCGGAACUCUCUCUAUGUCAUGUCUGACAAUCAGGUGGCCCAGGUCCCUGUGGAGGCCUGUGAGCAGUACAGUACAUGUGCUGAGUGUCUGAGCUCUGGUGACCCCCACUGUGGCUGGUGUGUCCUGAAUAACAUGUGCUCGAGGAGGGAUCGGUGUCAGAAGGCAGAGGAGACCUUCCGUUUCGCCACUGACAUUGACCGCUGUGUGAAGGUUAUCGCUCACCCGGACAGCAUUGCUGUAUCAGCACAUAGUGUCCCUCUGCUGCUGGAGGUGAAUAAUGUUCCAGACCUUUCUGCUGGAAUCACCUGUUCAUUUGGCCAGCAGGCCCAGGUGGAGGGUCAUGUCAACGGGAACAGGGUUAUGUGUCUGUCCCCGGCUGGGAAGGAGGUCCCUCAGAUACCAGAAGGACAAGACUGGGCUGGCGUAGAGCUUCGUCUGAACUCAAAGGAGACAGGUCAAAUGGUCGCCAGCACAGAGGUGAAGUUCUACAACUGCAGCACACAUAAAACGUGUCUGUCCUGUGUAAACAGCACUUUUCGUUGCCACUGGUGUAAAUACCGCAACCUGUGCACCCACGACCCCAGCAGCUGUUCUUUCCAGGAGGGCAGAGUCAACGCCUCAGAGGACUGCCCUCAGCUCCUUCACUCUGGGGAAAUUCUCAUUCCGGCCGGCGAGGUCCGACCCAUCACCCUGAGGGCCCGAAACCUUCCCCAGCCGCAGUCGGGCCAGCGGGGCUACGAGUGCGUGGUGCACGUGCAGGGUAUCAGCCACCGUGUCACAGCGUUGCGCUUCAACAGCACCAGCGUACAGUGCCAGAACAGCUCGUACAUGUACGAGGGUGUGAAGAUCAGUGACCUGGCAGUGGAACUCUCCAUCGUAUGGAAUGGCAAUUUCAUCAUCGACAAUCCCGAGAAGAUUAAAGUGCACCUCUACAAGUGCAGUGCCCAGCGGGACAGCUGUGGCAUGUGUCUGCGGGCGGAGAGGAAGUUCCAGUGUGGCUGGUGUAGCGGCGAGGGGCGAUGCACCAUGAAGCAGCACUGUCCUCCCAUCUCCCCCUACGCUAGCCGCUGGCUGAACCUUUCUGCCAGGAAAGUCAAGUGUACCAACCCACGCAUUACUGAGAUGAGCCCAGUGGCAGGACCUCUGGAGGGGGGCACACUGGUCACCAUCCAGGGCCUGAACCUGGGUCUGUCCUUCUCUGAGCUGGAGGGCAACGUGGAGGUGGCGGGUGUGCAGUGCACCCCACAGGAGGAGGGAUACAUUACUGCAGAACAGAUUGUGUGUGAGAUGGCUGAGGCUCCUAAAGGAAGUGCACCAGGUCCAGUGAAGCUGUGUGUUGGCGAAUGCAGACCAGAACUACGCGCACAGUCCUCCCAGCUCUACUCCUUUGUGACCCCUUCGAUGCUGGCACUGACCCCAGGCAGAGGACCUGAAUCCGGGGGCACCAAGGUCACCAUUGUCGGGGAGAAUCUGGGCGCUGGAAGCACUGUGAAUGUGUACUUUGGUAAUCAGACCUGUGAGCUGUACAGGAGGACCAUGUCGGAGAUUGUGUGCUUUUCUGCGCCAUCUGUGACGAGAGCCGGACCAGUGCAGGUCAGUCUGAGUGUCGACCGGGCCAAAGUUCCUGGGAGUCUGGCCUUUGAGUACAUAGAAGACCCCACAGUCCAGCGCAUUGAACCCCUGUGGAGCAUUACCAGUGGACACACCACCCUGACAGUGACUGGAACCAACCUGGAUGUAGUUCAGGAGCCACGGGUCAGGGUCAAAUAUGCCGGCCAUGAAUCUGUCAAUGUGUGCAAAGUGCUGAACACAACCACCAUCAGCUGCUUCGCCCCCUCUCUGAAGGCAGAGUACACUGCAGACCAGGAGACAAUCAAACACGUGGACGAGUUUGGCUUUGUCUUCAACAACGUCCAAGCUCUGCUGACUUACAACAACACAAGCUUUGUCUACUACCCUAACCCUUACCUGGAACCCCUCAGUCUAUCAGGUGUUCUGGAACAGAAACCUGGUGCUCCAAUCAUACUCAAAGGACGUAACCUGGUGCCAUCUGCAUCUGGUGGAGCCAGGCUGAAUUACACAGUGCUGAUUGGAGAUACGCCCUGUUCUCUCACUGUGUCUGACACUCAGUUACUCUGUGAGCCACCAAACCUCACCGGGCAGCACAAAGUCCUGGUCCAAGUAGGAGGACUCCACAUCUCUCCAGGAGAAGUUCACAUCCGGUCUGACAGCUUACUCACCCUUCCUGCUAUCUUCAGCAUCACAGCUGGAGGAGGGCUGCUCCUCAUCAUUGUCAUUAUAGUCCUACUGGCCUACAGACAGAAGUCACACGAGAACGACCUCACUCUGAAGCGCCUGCAGAUGCAGAUGGACAAUCUGGAGUCCCGAGUGGCUCUGGAGUGUAAGGAGGCCUUUGCAGAGCUGCAGACCGACAUCAACGAGUUAACGAGUGAUCUGGACAGAGCUGGCAUCCCCUACUUGGACUAUCGCACUUACGCCAUGAGGGUUCUCUUCCCCGGCAUUGAUGAUCACCCUGUGCUCAGAGAGCUGGAGGUGCCGGGGAGCGGACAGGCGAAUGUGGAGAAAGCCUUGAAGCAGUUUGCUCAGCUGGUGAAUAACAAGGUUUUCCUGCUGACAUUCAUCCGUACACUGGAGCUGCAGCGCUCCUUCUCCAUGCGUGACCGCGGCUACGUCGCCUCGCUCAUCAUGACUGCUCUGCAGGGCAGGCUGGAGUACGCCACAGACAUCCUCAAACACCUGCUCUCAGAUCUUAUAGAACGCAACCUGGAGAGCAAGAACCACCCCAAACUACUCCUCCGCAGAACAGAGUCUGUGGCAGAGAAGAUGCUGACAAAUUGGUUUGCCUUCUUGCUCCACAAAUUUCUCAAGGAGUGUGCUGGCGAGCCUCUCUUCAUGCUGUUCUGUGCCAUCAAACAGCAAAUGGAGAAGGGACCCAUAGACUCCAUCACUGGAGAGGCACGCUAUUCCCUCAGUGAGGACAAACUCAUUCGACAGCAGAUUGAAUACAAGACGCUGACGCUGAGCUGCGUGAACCCAGACAAUGAGAACAGCCCAGAAAUCCCUGUCAAGGUGCUCAACUGUGACACCAUUACCCAGGUAAAGGAGAAGAUCCUGGAUGCGGUGUACAAGAACAUGCCCUUCUCACAGCGACCACGGGCUGCAGACAUGGAUCUCGAGUGGCGGCAGGGCAGAACAGCUCGUGUGGUCCUGCAGGAUGAGGACAUCACCACCAAGAUAGAGAGCGACUGGAAGAGACUCAACACACUCAUGCACUACCAGGUGUCUGAGCGCUGUGUGGUGGCCUUGGUGCCCAAACAGAUGUCCUCUUUCAACAUUCCCUCCUCUGCCAGCUUCCCACGCAGUAUCAGCAGAUACGGUGUGGACGUACCCUUCCGCUCCAUGCCCACCAGCCCGGACAGCCCCCACUCCCGUGUGCCCAUGCUGACCCCUGACCUGGAGAGUGGGGUCAAAGUUUGGCACUUAGUCAAGAAUCACGACCACGGGGACCAGAAAGAGGGCGAGCGCAGCAGCAAGAUGGUAUCUGAGAUCUACCUGACGAGGCUACUAGCAACAAAGGGCACACUGCAGAAGUUUGUGGACGACCUGUUUGAGACCCUGUUCAGCACUGUGUGUCGGGGCACCGCCCUGCCUCUAGCAAUCAAAUACAUGUUUGACUUCCUCGACGAGCAGGCCGACAGGCACGGCAUCCAUGACAUGGACGUUCGCCACACCUGGAAGAGCAACUGCCUGCCCCUGCGCUUCUGGGUAAAUGUGAUCAAGAAUCCCCAGUUUGUGUUUGACAUCCAUAAAAGCAGCAUCACGGAUGCCUGUCUGUCUGUGGUGGCACAAACCUUUAUGGACUCUUGCUCAACUUCUGAACACCGUCUGGGCAAAGACUCACCCUCCACCAAACUACUCUAUGCCAAGGACAUACCGCAUUACAAAAGCUGGGUAGAAAGGUACUACGCUGACAUCAACCGCCUGCCUGCCAUCAGUGAUCAGGAUAUGAAUGCCUAUCUGGCUGAACAGGCCCGCCUUCACUCUAGUGAGUUCAACAUGCUUAGUGCCCUCCAUGAGAUCUACGCUUACGUCAGCAAGUACAGCCAAGAGAUCAUUGAGGCACUGGAGCAGGAUGAACAGGCCCAGAAGCAGAAGUUGGCAUAUAAAGUGGAGCAGAUCAUCUCAGCCAUGUCUACAGAGAGCUGAAACACACCCACACGCACACUAUGUACAGUCCAGUGCAUAUACAAUCACACUCAAACACUUAUACACACAUACACACACACACAGACAUACUACGCUGUACUACGCUGAUGUACGCAGAGACAUUGCCGAUUUAAUGGACCUACUGUAUAAACAGACUGACAAUACAUACACAAAGAGAUACAUAGACAUGCAUAAAUACACACAUACAAAUGUACAUACACAAGCCACUGCACACAUCAAACAGCAGAUCGUCCCAAAGCACGACUUUUGAAUCCAGUGUCAUCGUUUUUUCAGAAGAAACUCCAACAGGCAAACAUCCAACUUCUAAAAGGCUCCUAUAGAGAGAAAGAAAGAGGAUUUGGGCCAUCACAGUUGCUGAAUUUGCAGCCAAUUCUUUUCCGCUGGGUAAUGGUUUGUCUUUGUAGUGGGUGCUUAUACUAAAUGUGUCUGUGGCAUGGCUGGAGCUCUGAAGAGAACAGCGCUUAAUAAAAUGACUUAACUUGAAAAGUCACUGGAGGAGCUCAACAAAGACAGGAGCCAAUUUAAUGGGACAGCACAUGUGGUGAGACAAGACUCAAAGUACUUUUUAUAUGUCAAAGAUGAAGGACACUUAUUCGAACUACAUAUCACAGGCUUGGAGUGACAUCGCCGUUUAGAGCCAUUCAGAGAUGAGAUGUGUAACUUUGUGUUGUUGAGCCUUUUCCUAUUGCCUUUUAAAGGCUUACAAAAUGAACACUCUGGCAUCAUUACUUUUCAUUUCCCUACUUGAAACUCCCUGUCAUAAGUUAUUUUUUGUUUAAUGAAGAUUUUCUGAAUUACAACUCUGCUAGGGAUUGAACAGUAUACACAAAAUUUGUCAUUGACAAGGUGAAGAUCCAGCUCUUUAAUAAUACAACACUGAGAAGGCUUUACUUUCAAAUGUGAAAUAUAUGUAGAGAUAUUUCCAGUCCCAGUCCCUGGCUUUUGUGCCAAAUAUAAUGUCUCAUGUUUCAUUCAUGUUAAAUGCUCCUGUAGAAGCUAUUAAUAAUACAUGCCAUUGUAAGGAAAAGAUCCCAUUUAAGAUAGGAAAUUUUGUACAGUAAUGAUCUAUAGAGCACCAAUUCAACCACUCAAAGAUAAGUGGAGAAGAAAUUGAACUGUAGCAGAAAGCAUGAUUAACAAUACUAUGAGUCUGAUUGUCAUCAGAUUAGCCUAACCCUGGCCAACAGCGCCGCUCCCCCACCCUCCCUGUCUCAUCAGUCAUUGUUUACAUUCAGCGUGAUACUUGAAAUGCACCAAGUGUACGAGAUAUUAAGAACACCUGCUGCUCCUGUGAAGUAAUCUGGUCAGAUUAAAUUAGAUGAAGGCUUUGAUGCCUUAUUUCCCAAUGAAUCGAUUUUGAACAUAACCUGGAAAUUAAACGCAGGAAACAAACAGGAGAAGGAUUUCUAAGCUGUGGGUGCUGCAACAGAGUCUGUAGUUCAGUAUAAAGUAGGUGUUCCUAACAUUUUGUACACAGAGUGGAUAUAUGAUUAAUGAUAUGUGCUUGGAUCAGUAGUUGGUCCUUGUAAAGUUCAUUCAUUAAACAUCUGUUUGUUGCUUCACAGUGCUAUCUAGCUAUACGUCCUUACUGUUUCCAUGUUUCAGCGUAUAACUCAAGUUCUAAUUUUGCGUUGAAAUGUACAUUUUACCUGAUUGCAUGUUGUCUCCUUGCUGCAGUAUUUAUAGAGUGCCAUAUCUAAACUUUAAAAUGAUUAUCGUGAUGAAAAAUUCAGUCUGAGGCAUCAUGUUCAUUCAGGGUUUUAGUUUUGAUUGUUUGUAUUUCACCCAUUAUAAUGAUGAAAGAUGAACUUCUUUCCGUGCUUGAGGCUCUUCCAUAUAAUAGUCACCAUGACUGUCUAUCAGUGUCAUUCUGGAGCGCUGCUCUUUUUACCAUUUCAUUAUCAGUGGGGUUAAUGUACUCCCCCCAGGACCUUGAUUCAUGCUAAUCUAGAAGAAGAUGAUAAAAUAUCAAUAAUUAAUACAUUUCCUGUUAAGUGUUGAAAUAUGACAGAACUCAUUUGUUUCAUGUGUGGUUUGAUGAUAAUUUAUAAAUGUGUUGUGCAAUAAAUUGUCAGACAUUUAAACUGUAAUGUUUUUAAAAUAUAUAUUGUAUAAAUACUGUACAUAGAAAACACUCCUAUUUUGCAAGCAAAAGAUUCACUUUGUACUGUUGUUAUACAUUAAAUGCGCAGCUGAUGAAAA